CACAACUUUUAUUCUGGAAAAACCCAAAGAUGCUCCAGCAACAAGAAAAAACAGGGGGCGGGAUCGCAGAGAGAAAGAGAGAGAGGAGGAGCAAAUCCGGCUCUCUGGUUGGCUGCGCCCGCCUGUCAAUCACCCCCCCGUGACGGCUCCGCAGCACCUCCCACAGACGCACAGCGGCAGCGCAGCGCCUCCGCCGACCAUGAUAUUCGAGGCACUUGCGGCUCGUCUGCAGCGAUAGGAGAGAAAAAAGAGGAGAGAAAGAGAGAAACCUCACCUCCUCAAGCAGCGAGUGAGGGAGAGAGACCGGAGAGAGAGAGAGAGAGAGAGAGAGGACGAGGAGGAGGAGAAGAAGAAGAGGCUGUGGAGUAACAGAGGAGAGACGGCAGCGGCGGCUUGGACCUCCAGCAGAGGAGGAGUGUUAAAUUGUCUGCGCUUUUAUUGUAAAGUGUCUUAAUUUCCACACAGAUUCGACAUGUCAUCGUCCGGUAAAGACAACAGCGGUGCCCAACAUGCCAAUUACGUGGGACCUUACCGCUUGGAGAAGACGCUCGGGAAGGGACAGACAGGGUUGGUGAAGCUCGGAGUUCACUGUGUAACAUGCCAGAAAGUCGCCAUAAAGAUUGUCAACCGCGAAAAGCUCAGCGAGUCAGUACUAAUGAAGGUGGAGCGAGAAAUAGCUAUCCUGAAGCUCAUAGAACACCCGCACGUUUUAAAGCUGCAUGACGUCUACGAAAAUAAAAAGUACUUGUACCUUGUGCUAGAACACGUGUCUGGUGGCGAGCUGUUCGACUACUUGGUGAAGAAAGGCAGGUUAACGCCUAAAGAGGCCAGGAAAUUCUUCAGACAGAUCAUGUCUGCUCUGGAUUUUUGCCACAGUCAUUCCAUAUGCCACAGGGAUCUGAAGCCUGAGAACCUGUUGCUAGAUGAGAAGAACAACAUCAGGAUAGCAGACUUCGGCAUGGCCUCCCUUCAGGUUGGAGACAGUCUGCUGGAAACCAGCUGUGGAUCUCCACACUACGCCUGUCCAGAAGUCAUCAGGGGAGAGAAGUAUGACGGGAGGAAAGCAGACGUCUGGAGCUGUGGGGUCAUUCUUUUUGCCCUCUUGGUGGGUGCCCUGCCGUUCGACGACGACAACCUGAGGAAUCUGCUGGAGAAGGUGAAGCUGGGAGUGUUUCACAUGCCACACUUCAUCCCUCCAGACUGUCAGAACCUCCUCCGUGGCAUGAUCGAAGUGGACGCCACCAAAAGACUAACGUUAGAACAGAUCCAGAAGCACACAUGGUACAUAGGAGGGAAGAACGAGCCAGAGCCGGAGCAGCCUGUGCCCAGGAAGGUGACCAUCCGCAGCUUGCCCUCUGCCGACGAUAUCGACCCAGAUGUACUGGACAGCAUGCACUCCCUGGGCUGCUUCAGAGACAAAAACAAACUACUGAAGGACCUGCUCUCAGAUGAUGACAACCAAGAAAAGAUGAUCUACUUCCUGUUGCUGGACCGCAAGGAAAGGUACCCCAGUCAGGAGGACCAGAACCUUCCGCCUCGCAACGAGAUUGAUCCUCCGAGGAAGCGGGUGGACUCCCCCAUGUUGAACCGUCACGGCAAGAGGAGACCAGAGAGGAAGUCCAUGGAGGUCCUCAGCGUCACAGACGGAGGCUCGCCUGUACCGGCCAGGAGGGCCAUCGACAUGACGCAGCACGGACAGAGUAAAUCAGUGUACAGUAAAAGCUUGGAUAUUCCUGACGCCAGUACAAAAUGCAGCAAAGAAGAAAGGUCGCGGUCUAUUAGCGGAGCCUCCUCUGGCCUCUCCACCAGCCCCCUCAGCAGCCCACGGGUUACCCCUCACCCCUCCCCUCGAGGCAGCCCCCUCCCCACCCCAAAGGGCACCCCUGUGCACACUCCCAAGGACAGCCCGGCCGGGACCCCGACCCCAACGCCGCCACCCAGCCCGUCCAUCGGAGGCAUGCCUUGGAGGACGCGCCUCAACUCCAUCAAGAACAGCUUCCUGGGCUCGCCACGCUUCCACCGCAGGAAACUUCAAGUUCCCACACAAGAGGAGAUGUCCAGCCUCACGCCAGAGUCUUCCCCAGAACUUGCCAAAAAAUCCUGGUUUGGUAACUUCAUCAACCUGGAAAAAGAGGAGCAGAUCUUCAUCGUCAUCAGAGACAAGCCUCUCAGCUCCAUCAAGGCAGACAUCGUUCAAGCCUUUCUCUCGAUCCCCAGCCUGAGCCACAGUGUGAUCUCUCAGACCAGUUUCCGAGCAGAAUACAAGUCCACAGCGGGCCCCACAGUCUUCCAGAAACCGGUUAAAUUCCAGGUGGAUAUCACCUACACGGAGAGCACGGCCGCCACCAAGGAGAACGGCAUCUACUCUGUCACCUUCACCCUGCUCUCAGGACCAAGCCGGCGCUUUAAGCGAGUAGUGGAGACGAUUCAGAGCCAGUUGUUAAGCACACAUGACCAGCCGGGAGUCCAGCAGCUGUCUGACGAGAAGAACGGACAGGUGCCCUACCCGUCUGGCACGCCCACCAAGCACUGCCCCUCGCCCAUGCACGUCCGGAGGCACGAGGCAGAAAACAAUGACACCAAAUGCCCCGCCGCGGGCCGAGACAGAGCCAAGUUGUCGCUGGCGUCUGUGGGGACGCAGGAGGAGUCUUAGACUGAGACGCCGUGUAGUCGAUCCCAUUUUAAAGCCCAUCCCAGUAUCACUAUAAACCAGUGACACAGAGAGAAGACCCUCUCUGUACAUAGCUAGAUGUACAUAAUCAUUUAUGGACGUUUUUGUUUUGUUUUUUGUAUAAAAUGACUUUAUACAGAUAGAAAUAUAUUAAGAGAAGUGAUAUUUUACAAAAACACACACACCCACACACACAAACACACACUCCUGUCCUUCCACUCUCCCUUUGUCAUCCACCACCAUCAUCACCACCUUCUGCCCCAACCAUCCAAUCACCUGUGGCUCUGUUGUUUUUACUCCCUUGCUGCUAACCUGUGUGAUGACCUGACUUGUUUCUGAUACCAGGAAUUAUCCAGAAAACCUAUUAAGCCCCUCCUCCUGCUCCCCCCUGCUCCGCUCGCCCUCCACCCCUCCGACCAAACCCCCUCCACCACCCCCCGCCCCCCCACACGAGUGUGCCGAGGGAGAGACGGACAUUUGUUGACGGAGGACUGCUUUUUAAGAGGUGCGCUGAGAAGAGGGGUGGGGGGUUACCAUGGAAACAGACCCCUUCAUGCAGACUUCUACUUUCAUCUCCCUCCGAGCCCCCUUCUCCACCUUUGGCAGCCGCCAGUAGAAAUAGAUGAAAAUACCUUUAGUAUUCCCCUAUCUGAGAAACAAACACACACACACACACAUGCACGCACAACUAACCCACACACGUCUCGAUGAAAACAAGAAGACACACUCUCCCCACUUCACUUCACUUUACCGACCCGACCCACCUUUCCUCUGUUUGGAGCUCAUUUCGAGGAGCGCUCAUUAAUUGGAAAAACAAUUUGAACACACACACACACACACACACACACACACACACACAUACAGAACACACACAUGCAUACACGCACAGGUCCAGUAUGCACAGGAAAAAAACUCUGGGAUGUAUUAACACGAACAAACAACAACAAUAAAUUUAGAAAAAAAAGAAGAAGAAGAAGACGUGACUGAUUUCAGAGGAGGAGAGAAGGAGGAGGAGUUUUGUGGAAAAGCCCAAACAGCCGACGCGGAUGCUUGCUGGAUUGUAAUUUCUUUGCUUUUUAAUGUACUUUCUUUGUGAAGAAACUGGGUUUAAAAAUACUAACUGACUUUAUUAGAAAAUUAACUCUAUUGCUGCAAAACGGACUGGAAUUGUGAUUUCAGAGAGGAGUCGGGGGAGAGAGCAGAACAGGGGCAGUGGGGGAGAUGAUAUUGAUAGUACAGGGUUGGGGGGAGGGACGCGGGAGGGUAUGUGGGUAUUUAAAAUGAAUGAUCUAUUCUGUUGUACAGACUGAUAUCAUUUCUUAUGUAAAAAAAAAAAAAGAAGAAAAAAAAGAAAUGUCUCUAGUUGUGACACGAUGUUUAGAUACCAUAAUAAGGGUCAGGUGGGUACACCUGCGCCCGCCCACAUGCUGUCAUUUUAAAUCUGUCCGUUAAUGUAUUUUUGUUACUCGAUCAAUUCCGACUUUGUUUGAUUGACCUGAUAAUGAUCCAAAUGUUCCUGUUUGUGUUAUCUGCAGCAGCAACUUGUCUUUGUUUUUUUUUUGUUUUGUUUUUUUUUUCCCCUCCAUUUAUACCUCUCUCUUAGUCUCACAUACCAGCAGUAGGAGUAGAGGAACAACAACGACAACAACAACAAACAAAAAAAAAAUAUAUCAUGACGUGAAAAAUGCAAUUGUGGAUAUUUUUGUAUAUCUGUCCUUAUUUAUUCAUGUUCGUUCAUCUCACUGUUUUGAGUUCCUAAUUUAUUAUAACUCGGCUAUUUAUAUGAACAAAGCUGUUAGGUCCGUUGAAUGUUAUUUAUUACCCUCUUGUGUGUUCGUAAAAAUGGGGCAACGUUUGAAGAAAAAAAAAAGAACUUUUUUUUUUCUCUCUCUCUUUUUGUUUACGGUCUGAAUUUAACAGAAUUAUGUGAAACAUCAACAAGUUGCGAGUUCUCUUUUCCUCGACGAGGGAGAGAGAACUUGUGGGAGCUCUUGGGGAAAAAAAAAAAGAUUUACCAGUAAUUUAAGAAUGUAGACUUAGCCUCUUUUUGGAGAAGGAAUAUGCUCUUCUAUUGAUAUUUGUCAGUUUCAUAUUAUUGUGCUUGUAGGCCAGGCCUGAGGAGACGGACAAACCACAGAUCCCGGUCCACUUCUUCUCUUUGUAAAUAGACAGACGAACCGUUGGGGGUUGAUUGUCUUCUCGACCAUGCUGGGGAUUCCUGCUCUAUGCUUUUAGCUUGUAUUGCUGUGUGCAUGUCAAACAUGAGCUUUUCUUUGCAUGGCUUUAGUGUUCAUGUUCCAUGCCAAACUCACUCCUUCUCUCAGCCUUCAUCGAUUUCCUUCUCUACAGAACAACCUUUUUAAUUGUUUCUAUUCCUCCCCCUCCCCCGCCCCUCUCUUUCAACCCUGUCUGCUUUUAUUUUCUGGCCUUCUAUAUAUUUUUUAUUCUUCUUCUUCUUCUUCUUCUUCUUCUUCUUCUUCUUCUUCUUCUUCCCUCGCUCCUGCUUAUCUUUUUUUCCUUCCUUCCCUCCUUCCCUCCUCCUCGAGUCUUGUGCACACGAAAGCUUUUUGAACAAUGCUUCCUUUACUCUGUACCUCUCUCUGGAAGGCUCGGAGGUCUUGGCUCUCUCCACCUGUUUGGUUGGAGAGACGCAGUGAGGGGAUCUCGGUACACAAACACAAAGCAAUACCCUGUUGUUCACCCCGCCCUCUCCCCUCCUUUUCUGUUUUCUACAAUGGGAAGCUAGCAGCACCAAGGACAUCCAGUGAUUCUGAGGCCCCGAGCGGUCUUCUGACAGAGCAGGAAACAAAACUGACUGAUGUAAUCCCCAUAUAAAAUAACUGUGAGCAUCUUCAGUGCUGAAACAAAUAAACUCAUUAAGUUAUGGUG